AUGUCUGAUGUCCAUCAGGACGUCUUGCACUUCCCAGCAGCAAGCAGGACAUUCCUCGCAUCAUAUCUCCCAUCUGCCGACCAAGCACAGCCAGGCGACUGUCUAUACCCUUUCACGACAGUCACAUUCGCAACAUCUCUUGACUCCCAGCUCGCUCUCUCCCCAGGAGCCCAGACUGUACUCUCCGGCCCUCAAUCAAAGGCAAUGACCCAUUACCUUCGUUCACAACACGAUGCAAUACUUGUUGGUGUUGGUACAGCUGUGGCAGAUAAUCCUGGACUGAACUGUCGUAUAGAGGGCGUCGGUGGGUAUGGAAGUGAGGGUUUAGUCGGACAGCCGCAGCCUAUUAUCAUCGAUCCGCAUGCGCGCUGGGACUUUACAGAAACCAGCAAAAUAUUCCAGCUAGCAAGAGAGGGUAAAGGGAGAGCGCCGUAUAUUAUUACUACGCUGUCAAACCCGCCUGUUAGACAAGCUGAGACUUUGGAGAAAGCUGGCGGUAAGUUUAUUAAACUGCCACUGUGCAGUGGGAAGCUAGAAUGGAGAGAUAUUCUCCGAGCUUUAAAAGUAGAAGGGUUGCAGAGUGUUAUGAUUGAAGGCGGCGCGGCUGUUAUAAACGACCUCCUUGUUCCUGGAAACUCCUCAAUCGUCAACUCAGUUAUUGUUACUAUUGCACCAACAUGGCUAGGAGUAGGAGGUGUUGUUGUUUCGCCUCCUAGAAGGGUUGAGGAGGGCAGAGCAAUUACUAGUACAAGACUGAGGCAUGUCCAGUGGUAUCCACUUGGAGAGGAUGUAGUACUGUGUGGAAAUUUUAGAGACCCUUAA